GAGAGAGAGAGAGAGAGAGAGAAAAAGUUUGGUCUUUUUCUCCCCUUCACUGUUUUUUAGGCAUGAACGCCGAGACCUGCGUUUCAUACAGCGACAUGACAUCCAUGGAUUCAUAUUAUAGCCCCUCCGCAGCGCAAAGCAGGGAUCACCAGACGGACCACUUUAGGACACUUCCAGCCCCUGACACCAAAUACCCUGCUGCCUUCCUGGCCAACAAAGGUCAGGCUUACGGAGACAGGUCCCGGAGCCCCUUCCAGCAGGAGUGCCAGUCAUUGGAUGCCGCCUCGGCUGGGCAAGGCACCUUCAGUAAAUACCACCUCUUCAUGCAGAGGUCUUCUUGCAAGACCCCCCCCGAGGACGGCAAACUGCACCAAGAGAGCGGGCACAACGGAGCGCUCAUCUCCUGCUAUGGUAAAGCCAGUUCAGGUCUGGCAGACUCUGACUUGGCCCAGGACUCCGAUCCAGCUGGAAUGGACUCCAGCUACCUUGCUGUGAAGGGUCCGGGUGGGAAGUCGGCCUCCGACAGGCAACCAGGCACAGAAUUGUCGAGCCCUCUGGACAAGGGCGAUGGCGGCGAGAGCAACAAGGGCAAAAAAAGGCGCAACCGCACAACCUUUACCAGCUACCAGCUGGAAGAGCUGGAGAAAGUUUUCCAAAAGACGCACUAUCCGGACGUUUACGCCAGGGAGCAGCUGGCGCUGAGGACUGACCUGACUGAAGCCCGCGUGCAGGUGUGGUUUCAGAACCGAAGGGCCAAAUGGAGGAAAAGGGAGCGCUUUGGUCAGAUGCAGCAGGUCCGAACUCACUUCUCAACAGCGUACGAGUUGCCUCUUCUGACGCGUCCGGAGAACUACGCACAGAUUCAGAACCCCUCCUGGAUCGGCGGCGGCAGCGCAGCUUCUCCUGUGCCGGGCUGCGUCGUGCCCUGCGACACCGUGAGCCCCUGCAUGACCCCUCACCCCCACUCUGCCAGCGGGAUGUCUGACUUUCUGGGCAUGUCGGGCCCCGGGGGUCACGUGGGACAGGCUCACAUGGGCAGCCUGUUUGGAGGGCCUCCUGGCAUGGCCACGGGCAUCAACGCGUACGACCUGAACAUGGACCCUGACCGCAAGUCCUCCAGCAUCGCCGCCUUGCGCAUGAAGGCCAAAGAGCACAGCGCCGCCAUAUCUUGGGCCACAUGAUGCAAUGCUGUCGGCUGAAUUGGGGGGGGGGGGGGGGGCUUGUUGCACGAAUCCAGCGUAGUGAGAGGUGGGGGCACUAUAAUCAAAAUUUAAAGGCAACAGUGACUACCUUCAUAUUUGUUGCAAUAAAAUAAUUAUCCAAAUACACAGACGGGUGGAGAUUACUCCGAGAGAGAAAUGGAGGUUUUGCAAGUGGCGUUGCGCUGCCAUACUUCUCGACCGCAGGGUGCGAGUGAGCUUUGUGGGGAGACCAGAUGCUGUUCUGUCUAACAGGAGUUGCAGCGUGGCUGAAAAGAUAGGCGAAGGAACGUGUUAAGAAAAUCAUUUCAAACAAAUCCAUGCACUUAUUUGCUAAAAUACAGGAUAUUGUGUUUGUACAGUGCUUUCAGUGUUAUUGUAGUUCUCCGAUCAGGUGAUGUUUUAUCCUUACAUUAUUAUUUAAAUUUUGAGUGUUCAUGUUUUUGUCUCUAAUCCAUUUGUUAUUGGUUUUGUUUUAACAAAUAGUUCAGCAAGUAUCCAACCAUUUUAAUUUAGUCAGGAUAUGUUGAUAUUAUUCAGCGUGAAACUUAAAAAAAAAGUUAUCCAUUAUAUUGGUCAUAUUUUUCAGCUACUAAAAAAAAGUGUCUUCACCCUCUAACAUUUCAAAGUCAAUGAGAGGAAACGUGGUUAGUUUCUUUGGGGAGGGAUCCACCUGCCUGCUGAUGGUGAGUGGGAGGGAUGGGGGAGGCGGUGGGAGUGCGCAGGGCACAGCAGGCUCGCUGCUCUCCGGGCUGAAGCGCCGCCUCCAGACAGAACCAAUCUCGGUUUGCAGGAGGACGUGAAGUGCAAGCGAACAUGACCGUGCCCCUUUGCGUUUCAAGUGCGAUGAGUUUCAGAGGGGAAAAAGAGCCGAACGCUCAGUCAGUCUGCCAGAAACAACACCGAAACCGGCCUCUUUAAAACAGGCCGGGCUGGAGGAGAUUAGUGUGUUGACACUUUCAAACACCGAGAGGAUAUCAGUGUUCAUCUGCGUUUACUGGACUUUGUGACGCCCGAGUCUGUCAUGGCCGACUAGUAAAUGGUCACGAAGCAGCUCAGACAUUAAGAGCGCUAUUGUAUUUCUCCCUUUAUCGUCUUCAGUGAUGGUUUGACUACAUCUUAGUUGGAUAAUGCACCUUGGAGGACUCUGCACGUGCUUGAGUACUGAAUAUCAGUUUCUUCCCUCCCCUGCAGACGCCCGGAAGUCUUUUUACAACACAAAGAACAUCAAAUGCAUCGCAAAGGCAUCCAACAUAACUGGAAUGCACUCCUUUAAAGUAGCCAUGUCUCAGUUUUACAGUCUUACCCUAUUUUUAGAUCUAGCGAACAGGGUGUAUUAUCCUAUAAAGAUUGUGUUUAAUCAAAUAGGUACUAUAAAGUCAGUGUCAGAAUACAGUGAGAUCAGGUGAUAUUCCCGUGUAGGGGUACUGGUUGGCUGCUCUACAGUGAGUCGACGACCGUAUCAGAGCAGGUCACACUCAAGUCCUUCAAAUUACAACCAGCUCCACGCUCCAAUCCUGGCUGUGAAGUACGCAUCUCGGACUCAAAAGCGAGAGGGUCUCCUUGCGAAUGUGGACACGGGGGCCCCCUGUGCUCUCGCUGUGGGGUUGGACGGAGGGCGAGCCGCGAGGGCGUCUGCUGUGUUCCGGUGUUCUGGGAAAAGGACAGUGCACACAGCUGCUCUGAGGGGGUAAAUGCAAAACAAACAUGCCUCACACAUGCUUCCCCCUCAGCUGUCAUGGCUCUGCUUUCAAAGACCCCCCCCCCCCCCCCUCUGUACACAUAUCUCUGUGCCUCUCCCUUCCACGUUGUCCACUGGCUCAAAGCUGCAGCCCCCCCACCCCACCGAUCCGCAGGGUCCGACCCAGAGACACACGGUCAACCUAGGAAGGCUUUUUAAUUAACACUGAGCCAUGUUGAGGCUGAGGACUGCAGUAUUGUGUGUCAGGACAGACGGGACCGUCUGUCUUCUACUUGGUUUAAUGUAGACUGCAAAGUGCUCACAGACGUACCGGCAUUAAGGAGAUGUGGUUUACACCAUACGUACUCACCGAUACUCACUUUUCCCCAUCUCUAAAGGUGCAUUAUUCUAUAAGAGUAAACAUUUUCUGUAACAUAUUUCCUCAAUCGGGAAAAUCAUUGAAGGUCAAUGCAAGAUUACGUUCAAUCAUUUGUUUAUCAUCCCCCUGUAAGUUGCAGAUCGCUCCAUCCCUGAGUGAGGGUGUCGUCAUUUACUUUUUCAUUUUCUAAUACUACUGAAGUCCAGCAAUCAGUAUAGGAGUAAAUAUAUGAUGAACUAUGCGUGCUGUUUAUAUGCAUGUGCAUUUUUGUGCAUGCAAAAUAGAUUGAAGUUUUAAGACUCUUGGAAACAUAACUAAUUGGAUGUUGUGUUUUAUUUGAGACACAGCAGUAAAAUUGCAUUUCCAGAGUUGUUUUUGAACAUUUUUUUUGUAUUGUCAUGUAAUUUCUCUGAAUUUGUUGGGGUUUUUUCAAGAUAAUUUGACUUUAAGCCAUUUGUUGAAAUGAGUGUAUGAAUUUACUCUUGCUUGUGUUCCUACAUUGUGUAAUUAAAGUACAAUAAGUUAUUGCA